GCAAAUGAAAGGGUUCACCUUGAGCCGGUGGCCUGGACUGUAGCGCGUCAGUUUGCGAAGUCGUUCAUCCUGUUCUGGACCUCCCCAACCAACAGCACUCCAAUCAUGUCAAAGCCCCAAGAUUUGGGUUCAGCCUUCAUCCAGACGCAGCAGCUGAACGCUGCCAUGGCAGACACCUUUUUGGACCAUCUAUGCCUGUUGGACAUAGAUUCGGAGCCCACAACAGCCCGCAACACUGGCAUCAUCUGCACCAUCGGUCCGGUCUCUCGCUCUGUUGAAAUGCUGAAGGAGAUGAUCAAGUCUGGCAUGAACAUUGCUCGUCUGAACUUCUCUCACGGCUCUCACGAGUACCAUGGUGACACCAUCAAGAACGUUCGUGAGGCCGAGGCGAGUUUUGAACCUGGCAGCAUUCACUUCCGGCCCAUCGGCAUUGCCCUGGACACCAAGGGCCCCGAGAUCAGGACGGGACUCAUCAAGGGCAGUGGCACUGCUGAGGUGGAGCUAGUGAAAGGAAACAGUAUCAGGCUGACCCUAGAUGACUCCUACAUGGAGAACUGCGACGACAAAAUUCUGUGGCUGGACUACAAGAACAUCAUCAAAGUGGUGGAAGUUGGAAGCAAGGUCUACAUUGAUGAUGGACUGAUUUCACUCCAGGUUCAAGAGAUUGGGGCUAACUACCUGGACUGUGUCAUCGAGAACGGUGGCACCCUGGGCAGCAAAAAGGGCGUGAACCUUCCAGGAACGGCCGUGGACCUGCCCGCUGUGUCGGAGAAGGACAUCAAGGACCUGCAGUUUGGCGUGGAGCAGGGCGUCGACAUGGUGUUUGCCUCCUUCAUCCGGAAGGCCGCCGACGUGCACGCCGUCCGUGAGGUGCUGGGCGAGAAGGGCAAGAACAUCAAGAUCAUCAGCAAGCUGGAGAACCACGAAGGGGUCCGCAGGUUUGAUGAGAUCAUGGAGGCCAGUGACGGCAUCAUGGUGGCACGUGGUGACCUGGGCAUUGAGAUCCCUACGGAGAAGGUCUUCCUGGCCCAGAAGAUGAUGAUCGGCCGCUGCAACAGAGCUGGAAAGCCCAUCACUUGUGCCACUCAGAUGCUCGAGAGCAUGAUCAAGAAGCCUCGCCCUACCCGUGCCGAGGGCAGCGACGUGGCCAACGCCGUUUUGGAUGGUGCAGACUGCAUCAUGCUCAGCGGGGAGACCGCCAAAGGUGACUACCCCCUGGAAGCAGUCCGUACCCAGCACAUGAUCGCCCGUGAGGCGGAGGCGGCCACGUUCCACAGGCAGCUGUUCGAGGAGCUGCGGCGCUCCUCCCGCCUGACCCGCGACCCCUCCGAGGCCGUCGCCGUGGGCGCCGUCGAGUCCUCCUUCAAGUGCUGUGCCAGUGCCAUCAUUGUGCUCACAAAGACUGGCAGGUCUGCCCACCUCAUUUCCAGAUAUAGACCCCGGGCCCCGAUCAUCGCUGUAACCCGCAGUGGCCAGACUGCCAGACAAGCCCACCUGUACCGUGGUAUCUUCCCUGUGCUGUACAACAAGCCUGCCCAUGACGUCUGGGCCGAGGAUGUGGACCUGCGCGUUAACUUCGCGAUGGACAUGGGCAAGGCCAGAGGCUUCUUCAAGACUGGCGACGUGGUCAUCGUUCUGACCGGCUGGCGCCCCGGAUCUGGCUACACCAACACCAUGCGUGUCGUGCUCGUGCCCUAAACUCCUACCUGAAGGACAAUCCCCAUGCAACUCCCAUGACCCCACCUGCUAUUGUAUCAUUUGUCCACGCUACCUUCACCCCCGACAGUUAGGUUGUCACUGCAAACGAAGCCCAACCGUCUGGUUACACACACAAACACACACCAGCCCACCCGAAUGCAGUUUUGCUCUGAACAGCACUUCCUUACACUCCAGCUCUUCUCCCUUAGGAGUUCUCAUAAUGCUGCAGUCUCCAGGACCCCUGUACUCCCUCCUAGAAGCAGAAUUUGCCCACAGAAAUGUGCCUGGAAGGCUUGCAAGUGCUGGACGGCAGCCUGUCACAGCCGACAUCCCCAAAGGAAGCUUUGUAUCCACAGGUCUGACUUGCUGGAAGUCAGUCGCUUUUCGACGCAAAUGGCUCCAUUUGACUAGUUCUCUGUGUGCAGUCAUGUGUCUUUCAUUCAGUUGUAGUAUUGCCAUGUCCUCCACUUCUGCUGCUCUGCUGAGGUGUCUUAGCCAUGCAGACAGUAUUGGGAUGGUGGGCAGCUAAUCUAAUACUUCAGUGUUAUAACUCAUAGGAUUUUUUCCCCCCCCCCAUGAAAUUUGAUGUUAAUGCUUAACCAGUUUGGGCGAUUUAGCUUUAGCUCUUAUGUUUAAAAUGGAUGAGGAUCCAGAUUCUUAGCAGGGGUGGGUGUCGAGUGUAAAUGAUCCCUGAAAUGGAGAGAGGCAUUACAUCAACCUCUCUAUUCCCCCACCCCCUGCAGAGGUGUGGAAGGUAAUUGAACAGGGGGGUGAGGAGUCUUUCUUUUGUGUUUCCAUUUGUGUCUCUUAGUCUCCCAUCAAUCUGAUUGUCAGUAACUAAGUCUCUGUCCUACUGUUGCUUCUUUAAUUAUAGGAUGUAAAACUUCAUUUUUGUUUCUGGUGGUGAUACAGCUGGUGUAACCAUUUCUCCUGCUUGAUUGGACCAUCAAUAAAAGAGAUGACCACUGA